AUGCGUCGAAGCACAGUAGCCCUUGCUCUGUGCUUGGCACCGAGUGCGUUCGCCACGCAACAGUGCGGCUCUGUCACCAUUCGCAGCGCCGCAGAUGCCGAAGCGCUGCGCAAAGGCUGCAGUACAGUCGAUGGCACAGUUACCCUGUCCGCGGAAUUGAAUGAGAGUAUUUCUCUCGAUGGUGUCCAGAUCAUCACCGGCAACCUGACAAGCGGGGACUGCAACCUCGUCGCAAAUCGAUCAUCCAGUGCUUCAGCCAUAAGCAUCCUGAGCUCAACUCUCACAACCAUCCAUGGAGAUUUGAACCUGGGAUCCUGUGUCCCAGGUGGACUCACCAACAUUAGUUUUCCCAACUUGAAGGCUGUUGACGGAGGCUUCGACAUUGUGAAUUUUGGACAGCUGACCUAUCUCGACAUCACCAACCUGGACUCAGUCGGCUACUUUUACCUGUGGGCACCACCCCUCCAGACGAUGCUGCACAACGAGCUGCGCAACGUCACAGGAGCCCACGGCACCAAGCGUGUCUUUGUCACACAGACGAGCCUCACCUCAGUGGACAGUUUGUUUCGGAAUCCUCUUGACAUAGGCGACUCUCUUGCUAGCGUCGAGGUGAACUACUUUACAAACUAG